CGAUUCUCUUUGUGAAACACAAGAAAAUAUCAGAGAAGAGUGGAUUAGGGGAGCGCCAAGCUUAGCUUCGCAAAGUUUCAUUUUCAUUUUAUAAUUUCUCACCCAUUUUGUCUUCAAUUUAUCCACUCACACUUUUUUUUUCUUUCUCUGUUUAGAAUACUUUUGUUGAAGAAAUGGCGCUACCACAUUCUAUCACUAUGCCCUUGCCAUCUAUCAUUUCACCUAGGGUUACACAAAAGAUGUCCAAUUCAUGUUGUCUUCACAGACACAAACCUAGGAAGCAAUUUUUGACUUUAACCCUUCCUUUAAACCUGGGUGGUGAUAUCAGAUCAGUAAGAGUUCCAAGCAGAGUUCAAGCACUCAAAUCUGAUGGGGGUAAGUGGAAGAGACGGCGAGAAGCAUCUAGUGACACUGAUGAUGACGAUGAUGAUGAUGAUGAUGCACCGCCACGAUUUAAUGCAAAUGACCCUUAUCUUAUGAGUCCUGAAGAGAGACUUGAAUGGAGGAGGAAUAUAAGACAAGUGUUGGAUAGGAAACCUGAUGUUGAAGAGGAGUCAGACCCUGAGGAAAAGAAGAAAAAACUGCAGAAGCUUUUGGAGGAUUACCCUCUUGUUGUGGAGGAGGAGGAUCCUAACUGGUCCGAAAAUGCUGAUGGGUGGGGAUUCAGCUUGGGCCAGUAUUUCGAUAAGAUUACCAUUAAAAACAAGAAAAAAGAUGAUGACAACGAUGAUGAUGAUGUUGACCGUCCGGAAAUAGUGUGGCAAGAUGAUAAUUACAUUCGUCCUAUCAAAGACAUAAAGACUGCAGAAUGGGAGGAGACUGUAUUCAAAGACAUAAGUCCCUUGAUUAUUCUAGUGCACAAUCGAUAUAAAAGGCCAAAGGAGAAUGAAAAAAUUCGGGAUGAACUAGAGAAGGCUGUGCAUAUAAUAUGGAACUGCAGACUGCCCUCACCAAGAUGUGUUGCGAUUGAUGCUGUUGUUGAGACUGAACUGGUUGCUGCCCUUCAAGUAUCAGUAUUCCCAGAGAUUAUCUUUACUAAAGCAGGCAAGAUUUUAUUCCGUGACAAAGCCAUUCGCAGUGCAGAAGAGUGGUCAAAAGUCAUGGCUUACUUUUACUAUGGUGCAGCGAAACCAUCCUGUUUGAAUAGUAUGACAUAUUCCCAAGAAAAUAUUCCUUCUUUUGUCAGUAAUAAUCCAGUAUCCUAAAAAAUUAAGGGUCCAAGUGUUGAGUGCAUCAUUCUUGCUUUGUAAAUGCAAGGGGAGUGUAUAGCUCUAUUGACUGCAUGUAAUAUGCUAAAAUAACUUGCAUAAAAAUGCAAGAAAAUUGCUAGAUCGAGCUGUUUGACGUGUGCUCAUGGAAGCCAUCAGAGGAAAUGGGCAUCGACUUUGCUUGUUUUGAUGAAAGAAAAGUUGAAUGAGGAAGAUGAAACUAAGUGAGCAGAUUGCUAGUUUGCUACUGAAAGUCAAAACUCGACGUCAUGCAUCCUUGGGGCCUGUGCAUAUUUAGAAGGUACAUUGAGUCACCUUUUGUAGAAAUGAGGGAUUAUUUGUAAUAGACAAUUAGAAGUUAGAACAUGGUAGGAAGUAGUAUUGGCUUACAUUACUCUGUGAGGUUGAUAGUCCAUUGGCAUACAUUAAGAAGGCCCUUAGGUUGAUAGACUGUCAUGUCAGAGACAUUAGAACAUGAUAGGAAGUAGUAUUUAUGUUUUCAUAAUUCAUUUUUCAAUGUGAAAUCUCAGUUCUGAUAUGCAACAGUUGUGUUAAAUAUUAAGAUGAAGAGUUUAACCGUCCUUGGUUAUUCUAA